AUGAGAUGUCUCUGUACUCUUGUCAAAGACAGAGAUGAUCCUGGUUUAGGGUUCAAAGUUGAUGUCAAUCAUGCAAUGAGCCUCCCUUCCACUUGUCAUGUCCCUGCAAACAUCUCACAGAGCCCAGAAGAGCUUCUACAUUUGCCUCCAGAUUCACUAGCCUCUCAGAUUCUUAAGCAAUUCACUGAAUCAUCUCAGAAUGUUGAACCUAGAGGUACUAAUACUACUUUUCACAGUAUUAAUUCUGCUCGUACAAACAUUAUUCAUCCUGUUCCUUGGAACAAGAAGAAAAAAUAA